AGCAGUCUGGCAACCCUACCACCGUACGCUUGUGUGUGUCCGUGUGCGUGCGUGUUUUUUUUCCACUUUUCUAUUGUAGUUUUUGUGGCUUGCAAAUUGAAAAAAGUGAUUUUACAUAGGAAUUGAUUCGCCAAAAAUAUCACAUCAGCUAUGUCGCUAUCGAGCCUGCUGCCCACGCCGACGAACGCGAUCUGGGAUCGGGAGGACGAGCGUCGCCUGGUCGCCCGCGGAGCACCAAAGAUCGGAGCCCUGGUCUCCGCCAAAAUCGCUGCUCCGCCGUACGGACAGCGCAAGGAUUGGGUACCGCAGACGGAUGCGGACUAUGGCGAUGGCGGCGCCUUCCCGGAAAUCCAUGUGGCGCAGUAUCCACUAGGUCUGGGAGCACCAGGAAAUGUUGGCAAGAAAUCGGAUGCUCUGGCCGUUCGCCUGGACGACAAGGGAAAGGUUAAAUACGAUGCCAUAGCGCGCCAAGGACAUGGCAAGGACAAGAUUGUGUACUCGUCCAUUUCGCAACUGCUGCCAGCGGAGGUGUUGGCCGAAGAUGCGGAUGAACUACAGCGCCCGGACGAGGAAACGGUGAUGGAGACGACGGAGGAGACGCGCCUGGCGCUGGAGAAGCUGACCAACCAGAAGAUCACCUCAGCGCUGCCCGUGCGCCAUGCCCAGAAGGCGGGUCCCGCCCAGUAUAUUCGGUACACGCCAUCGCAGCAGGGCGAUACCUUCAAUUCGGGCGCCAAGCAGCGUGUCAUCCGGAUGGUGGAGGCGCAGCUCGAUCCGAUGGAGCCGCCCAAGUUCCGCAUUAACAAAAAGAUUCCACGAGGUCCACCAUCGCCGCCGGCACCUGUCCUCCACUCACCAUCGCGCAAGGUGACGGUCAAGGAGCAAAAGGAGUGGAAGAUCCCGCCCUGCAUAUCGAACUGGAAGAACGCCAAAGGUUACACCAUUCCACUGGACAAGCGUCUGGCAGCCGAUGGACGUGGUCUGCAGCAGGUGCACAUCAACGAGAAGUUCGCCAAGAUGGCCGAGGCGCUGUACAUAGCCGAUCGCAAGGCGCGCGAGGCGGUGGAGGCACGCUCCCAGCUGGAAAAGAAGCUGGCCCAAAAGGAGAAGGAGAAGAAGGAGGAUAUGCUGCGAAUGAUGGCGCAGCGGGCUCGCGAAGAGCGAGCGGGACUACGCAAUCCGGAGGCAGCCGAGACAUCCGGUUCCGGAGCUGCAGGAGCCGAGGUGCGGGAACGCAACGACUUGCGGGCGGAGCGGCAAAGGGAGCGCCAGCGGGAUAGAAACCUGCAGCGGGCGGCUCCCGAAAAGCGGUCGAAACUGCAGAAGGAGAGGGAGCGUGACAUUUCCGAGCAGAUCGCUUUGGGUCUGCCCGCCAAGAGUGCCGGCAACGGUGAGACGCUCUUCGAUCAGCGUCUCUUCAACACCACCAAGGGCAUGGACUCCGGUUACGGCGAUGACGAAGCGUACAAUGUGUACGACAAGCCGUGGCGCGAUUCCAAUACACUGGGCGCUCACAUCUACCGACCCAGCAAGCAGGCGGAUAGCGAUAACUACGGCGGUGAUCUGGAUGCCAUUGUAAAUACCAAGCGUUUCGUGCCAGACAAGCAGUUCUCCGGUGCCUCCAAGGAGGCGGCCGCUGGCCAGAGGAGUGGACCCGUUGAGUUCGAGAAGGAGGAGGAUCCCUUCGGUCUCGAUCAGUUCUUGAACAUGGCCAAAAAGGCGCCCAAGCGUGCCGAGGACAAGAACAACGAGCGCAGCAGCCAUUCGGAUCGCAAGCGCAGCAAGCGCGAUUAGACAAAAGCUUUAGCGUGAGGAUCACCAAUCAUCGUUGUAUCGUCAUCAUCAUCGCAAACACUAUUCACCAUUCACCAACCAAACAAACUUUUUUUAACUACUCCAACAACUUGGCGAGAAUUUCAAUAAUAAUCACAGGAUCUUGACAUAAA